AUGUCUUUAUCGUCAAAAAUAGGUGAGUACAACAAUAGGCGCUGCUUUAGUUAGGCUAACUUUCAAAAUUUGAGCAUAGCUUUCGCUGAAAUUCCGAUGGAAAUCUGAAAAAUUCUAGAUUUUCUCCAGUUUUUUUCAGAUUUUUAUCGGAUAUUUCAGAAACAGAACCGUAAUCCUACUGAAUUUUUUCAGAAAAUAAUUUGCAAAAAUCGGACAUGUCUACUGUAACUGAACCACUUCUCCCAAAAGAAUCGUCAACUCAAUCAACCACCGCUGAAAGUGGCGAAAUAUUGAAAAACGAAGAAUUGGAAUUGGCAAGUGAACGAUUUCGAAAAGCAAAAACACCGAAAGAAAGAUUCGAGAGCGCUGAAACUGGAGUAUCGCCAAAAACCACGUCUGGAAAACGAUUGGUGUUUCGAGAUAUUCAUGCGACUGCGGUGAAGAAGAAAGGUGUUCGACAGGAAAUAUUGAAAGGUGUGACUGGAAUGGCGAAGGCUGGAGAAUUGACAUUUAUCAUGGGAUCAAGUGGAGCGGGAAAGACAACAUUGUUGAAUAUUUUAACUGGAAGGAAUUUGAAGAAAAUCGAAAAAGAUGGAGAUGUUUUUGUAAACGGCAGACAAAUGACACCACUAGAAAUGAAAAAGAUCAGUGCCUAUGUUCAACAGGAUGAUGUAUUCAUUGGUAAAAUGACUGUGAAAGAAACGCUAAGAUUUUCCGCAGAACUCAGAUCCCCAGUCAAACUUGAUAAAGAAGAGCGAGAUGAGAUUGUGGAAGAAUUGAUGGUUAUGAUGGGCUUGAAGAAAUGUGAAGAUACAAUGGUUGGAUCGAUUUUACAGAAAAGUUUGUCACGGGGAGAAAGAAAGAGAUUGGCAUUUGCUUGUGAGAUAUUGACUGAUCCGCCAAUUUUAUUCUGCGAUGAGCCAACUUCUGGUCUAGAUUCUUUUAUGUCACACCAAGUUAUGAAAGCUUUACGGAAAUUAUGUUCGGAGGGAAAGACUGUGAUUUGCACAAUUCAUCAACCAAGUACUGCAGUCUUUAAAAUGGCUGAUUCGUGAGUUAUUACACAAAAUUAUACGAUGUGGGCGAUAGAGCAGAUUUGAUUGCUCAUGUUACUUUUUGUAGGGAAAAAAACGGCCCACGGUCACAGAGAGAAAACGAGAGAGUAUGUGUGCAGAAGAGACGCGAGACAAGAAAGGGAUAUGGAAAAAUCCUUAAAAUUACAGACUCAUUCUCCUUUCACUUGGACAUAUCGCAUAUCAAGGGACCGCUAAAAACAUUGACGACUUUUUCGAGAAAUGCGGUUAUCCAACACCGAAAUUUGUCAAUUCACCCGAUCAUUUUAUGCGUGUUCUUUCACAAGGAAUUGAUGAAAAAGAAGAGGUGUAUAAUGAGAGAAUUGAGAAAAUUGUGGCCGAAUAUGAAGCGACAAAUGAUCAAUCAUCAAUGCAAUCAACUCAUACACCAUCGACGAAAAGUGAAGGUUCACGGAAAAGAUUACGGUAUAGUUUUAGGCGCAUUAUGGAUAGGACAACUAGAAGCUGAAUAGAUAUUCAAGAAGUUUUGCAGGAUUCCUCGAACUUGGUUUUGUCAAUUUGCCUACGUCUUCCAACGAUCACUUAUGCAAUUGAGUCGAGAAAAAGCGGAGCUAAUUCUAAAACUUCUUCAAUGUAUUAUGAUUGCAGCUGUCUUGUCAUCAAUCUAUUUUGGCCUAAAAUUCCAGAAAGAUGAAUUGCCAAAUUUCAAAGGUUUUGCAUUUUCCAAUGUUCAAAUGAUGCAUAUGCUGUUUAUGAUGCCAAGUUUGAUGGUAAACCUUACUUCAGAAGAAAUUCCGCAAAACAAUCAAACAUUUUCAGCUUUUCUGGAAAGAUUACCCGGUUGUAGUUCGUGAAUAUAGUUCAAACAUGUAUUGUCCAAGUGCGUAUUUCAUUGCGAAAACGAUGGCCGAUACAAUUCAAUAUAUCAUAUUUCCAUUUAUUUUCAAUACGAUUUUGCUGGUCACAACUGAUUUGCCAGGCGGAUUUUGGCCAUAUUUUCAUUUUUAUGCAAUUAGUGUGAUUUUGAGUAUCAAUGCAACAUCGAUGGGUAAAUUUUUUGAAGUGUGAAAUCGGAGAUUUUUUGCGCUAGGCAGUUGAGAUCUUGGUUUUCAAUCGUAAUUAUAAGAUAGACUAGGUUAAGACGAUAAGAAUGAUAUAAUUUAUGAUAACUUUAAGUUAACCGUAAGUUAUUUAGCGAAAUUUUGACUGAAAAUCGCUAAAUCACAUAUUGGUGACGUAAAAUUAUCGAAAAUUAUAUAAUUCAGAGUCUCCGAAGCAUAAGAACCAAGAUUUAAACUGAGUUGCGCACGCCAAAAAUAUGAAACUACAUUCUAAACUGUUUUUGUUGCAGGUCAAGCAACAGCUUCUUUGGUUGGCGAUCCCGCAACAGCCAUGACUGUUUUACCAACAUUUGCAAUACCUUUUCUGAUUUUUGGCGGUUUUUUCAUCUCCUUCGACGCAGUUCCCAUCUAUUUUCAACCAUUUGCCGCACUUUCUUGGUACAAAUAUGCAUUUGAAGCAUAUAUUAUCAUGUUUUCACAAGAAGUUGAUCAAAUUCCAGGCUAGUUUUUUUUCGAAAUUCGAAUAACUUUCUCAACCUAUUUUCUAUAGGCUGUGAUGUUCGAGAUUCGGUGUACGAAGAUACUUGUUCAACCGGAGCCGAAUUUAUCAAAAGCAUGGCAUUUACUCCAAGACUAUGGUUGGAUUAUUUAUGCCUAAUUCUAACUGUCAUAUUCUUCAAAUUGGUUGGAAUUGCUGCAUUCACUUGGAGAGUUAGAAGAACUUGA